UGUUAACACCUCUAAUGAUAAUAAAGUGGGAAUGUCAACGAAAGCAUGAAAAACUAAUUAUUGUCGCUGAAGGCGGAAAGAUUCCGACGGCAUGCAAAUGCGGCUGGCGCUGGGGGGAAUCUAUCAUCCCGGGAGGCUGGUGUGGGGAAGGGCUGUUCGUGUGCGAAACGCGUGACUUUGAUAGUUCGUACUGACUUCUACACAGGCAGGCUUUGUGGAGAGGCUUUGGAGUUGGGCAGCGAUUCAUCCCGAAAUUAGGCAGAGUUGCAGCGCAUUUUCUCCUGUGCUGGUGAAUCUAAAAGAGCUGCGCGGAUUUGAGCUUGAGUCGUCCUCCGCGCACGAUGGUUUUGUCCGAGUACUAAUACAGGCGAGCAGGCUGAGGAGGGCGCAGAACCUGGAGACAACGCACGGCUGAGGGUUCUGCUGCCGGGAGAGAGUCGGCCCUGUCCCGAGGACUCCCGGGAAGUGCGCGCCUGCCCUUAAUCUUUUCACCUGCGUGGCUAAGUCGCACCCCCCGGUUGGACGUGUCACGUGACCGCCCAGAGGAAGCGCGCGGAACAAUCGGAAGCUUUUGGACCGUGCGUAGCCCGGAUGGCCAUGGACGGAAUGGACUACUCGGACCGGGGCCCCCGAAGAGGCCAUAACGGACACCGCUCCCGCGACACCCGUGCACGUACCAGCGACCCUUACCAAACUGUGGACAUCGGCUCACCACGCCCUACCAGCCGAGACACGCGGGGACGAAGGCCCGAGCCCAGGCGCAGAGACCCGUCCCCUGAGCCCCCACCCAUCAGCAGAGGGAAGCCGGCAGACGAAGAGGAAGGGAUGUUUGACGAGAAGGGCUCCUACAAAUUGCCGUUCUUGGUGCUGGCGGUGGUCUGCAUCGUUCUCUCCGUGGCUCCCACCGCCUUCAUAGUGGUGACGCACAUAGAGAGGACGGGCUCGUACCAGUCCCCCAUCCUGGUCUCCGGAGGGGGCGUGGUCCAGUCUUCCGGUACCAAGCCGAGCGCAGUGCACUAUGGGAAUCUAGGGCUGAAAGAUUCCAACGAUUGUGAUCCGAACCCUUGCGUGCAUAACGGGAACUGUACCGAUGGCAUCAACUCGUUCACCUGUACCUGCCCAGAGGGCUAUGAGGGGAGGUUUUGUGAAAAGAAUAUUAACGACUGUAACAGGAUGACACGGAAGGGUGGGAAUGUGUACCUGUCCAAACACCUGUGUGCGAACGGCGGGACUUGCAUCGACAAGGUGAACGACUACGAGUGUUACUGUGCACCCGGUUUCACUGGCAAGGACUGCGGGAGAAACAUCGAAGACUGUACUGAAUACUCAUGCCUGAACGGAGGGACUUGUAAGGACGGAAUCAACUCUUUCUCCUGCCAUUGUCCUGCUGGCUACACCGGGAGGAUCUGUGAGAUCAACUCUGACGACUGUCUGCCCAACCCUUGUGAGAACAACGGGACCUGCAUCGACGGCGUCAACUCCUACAGCUGCGUGUGUCUGAGCGGCUACGCGGGGGCCAACUGCGAAACAAGUGAGUCCUCCUACCGCGACUGCGCCGAGAUUUAUAAGAACUGGACCCAGACGAGCGGCGUGUACUACAUCACUCCGCAAGGCGCGCCCAAGGCCAUCCUGGUGUACUGUGACAUGACGACGGCUGGAGGGGGCUGGACCGUCUUCCAGAGGCGUGUGGACGGCGCAGUCACCUUCUACCGCAACUGGACAGAGUACCAGCACGGCUUCGGCAACAUCGACGGCGACUACUGGCUGGGAAACGACAACAUCCACAUGCUGACCAGCCAGGGCCACUACAUCCUGCGGGUCGACCUGUCCGACUGGGAGGGCAACUCCGUCUGGGCGCAAUAUAACAACUUCACGGUGGAGGAUGAGGAGCACAAGUACCGCCUCCACCUUGGGGCUUAUUCCGGGAGUGCAGGGGACGCCCUGACGAACGCGCGCCCGGUCUAUUCCAAUCACAACAACAUGUAUUUCUCAACGUACGACCAGAACAACGACAAGGCCACACGACAAUGGAAUUGCGCCAAGCGAUGGCAGUCGGGCUGGUGGUACAACAACUGCUAUGACGCGCACCUGAACGGCGUCUACCACCACAGCUGCAGCUACAAGGAGUGGGACGGUAUCAUAUGGCUGCAGUGGAAGGACAAACUCUCGCUCCGCACCGUCAGUCUCAAGAUGAGGCCGGCUGACUUCCAAAACUAGAGGACAACAGGACAAGAACCAAUCAUCAACCGCACGGAAUCUCACGGCACGCUACAAGACUUUUAAAGAAUCGGAGAAGAACGACAGAGAAGUUUACAGUUUUGUUAGGGAUCAGAUUCAUUCUGCGUUAUCCCUGAACUGCGUCUGUGUGAAAAAUACUUUUUCAACUUUAUGUCGUGGUCAAAUGACAAUGACCACUCAGCCAAAGGGCCAACACGGCAUCAGAGUCUUUUUCUUACCACUAGUGAAAACGCAUUUCACUUGAUCUUUAAGAGCGAAUUAAGUAGUCUAAUUUGACUUUCACAUACAGAUGAAGUUCAGAGAUUGUAGGAAACCUAUGAUACUCGUGGAUAUCAGAGAUGGUUGUACCAGAGAAGAAGGACUGUACAGUGUCUGUCUCUCUUGAUGUGUAGAGAAGCGUCCCCGUCCAACAGUGAGUGUACAAUGUUGAUGUUCACCUCAGGAGCACUGACCUAAGUAUUCUCACGACAACACACCGAUGUUCCGCUCGAUACGCGAGGGGCUACGUGAAACGCAAGACAAUCGUUUAACGACAGGCAAAAGGAAUGGAAGAUGGUGAAAAAUUGUCAUUGCUGUCCUCUGGCUUUGUGUAAGUCACCGUACCCAGUCUGAUCCGCAAUGUGUAGAGUUUAGAUAACGGAUGUAGAACAUAUCAAAAAGGAAGAGUUGUAGACAGUUAGGUAUGUCAGACUGGGGCGGAUAAUAUUUAGUAACGAUAGCGUGGUAUGACUAACCCAAAUGGAACAAAAAUGAGGAAAUAAUUAUCACAAUAGGUUGAAGAUAGUGUGAGUAACGGGCAAAUGCUGCACAGAGUAUUUAUUGAUGCACUAUAUAUGAUGGGAAUGAGUGUAAAGACAUUAACUACUUCAGAUUGGUAGAAAGAAUGUACGGGUCGGUUUCAAUGGGACGUACCUGAGAAGAAUUUCCCUUGUAUGUCCGAGUAAUCUUACCAGAGGGAAGAAAAGCUCAGCUUGUAAAGAAGGGAACCUAAACCGUGCCGUGAAUAGAGUAGGGGACAUAUACACUCUAGGUAUUGCCGAGUCUCGUAAAUGUGUGUUCAUUUUGACCUUGAACGUGACUGAAACUCUUGUACCGUCGAACCUUGUUGUACAUCGUUGAAGACAGUAACAAAGCAAAGCAUGAAAUGCUCCCGUUGGCCCUACUAUAUGUGUAUAGUAGUGUUUUGUACAGACUUUAGCAACCAAACGACCAAUGUGCAUGCCGAGGGUUCGUCAGAAAUCAGCGUACUGAAAAUGGCAUGUCUGAAGCGAAUUUUGUUACACUGUGUAACAAAGGAGGCGUUAACAGUGUUAAACAUUCAAUCGAAUGUGAGUGCAAUCGCAAAAGGACCGGUUCUGGUAUAUAAAGGAUUUAUGAUGUAUAGGUAUUAUAUGAGCAGGGUGCCACAACAAUAGGUAAUGUUCAUGAAUUUGAUGUUCUUGUAACCUUUUGGGUUGCGUUUGUAUCACAACCGUUUCUAUUCUGCACUAUGUUCGACAUGACCUAUCGUGGGGAAGUACACUUGGACUUUUGUACAGCUCCGAAGUUACAGCGUUGGAAAUUUGUUCUGCAGAUCGUUGAAGCUUGGACGAAGCGAGGGUCUUGUUGUUUAUUGAGGACUCGAAAACAUCCCUGUUCUUAAGUCGUGGCCGUGGCCAUUAUGAGAAAGGACAACCACAAUUUGUGAGGGUUCGUUUUUAUGAAAGUAUCUGUAUGGCCAAGAGAAGCAAAGAUUUCAUUCUUGUCUUUGAUGCACAAUUUUUCACUCCUUCUUUCAAUCCUGAAACGAUAUUUUUUCCUUGAAAUGGCCAGAGCAUUUUAAAACUGGCCGUCUAUACUAGUUUCAGCUUCUUGGCCACCAAACAGUUGUUUUCGAUAAUACCUCUCUACAAACCCUUAAUUACAGCCUGUUUAUAUUUCACCAAUGGAUCGGCACACACUGAUCACACGACACGUCGUUUAGAAAAUAUUACUCAAGUUAAGGAAUGUACCCUUCCCUCGAUAAACUGCCCUGAUUGGCCACAAACAAUCCCCACGAUGUCAUGUGAUCCCAGAACAAUAUAAUAUAUGUAGCAAAGGCAUGUGAUAUAAACACAGUAGUGCAAUAUGGAACAACUAAUAUAUUGACUUUUCUAGAAAGGCUCACUCUAGACAAACAGCGUACGCACGACAAAUGUUACUUGUAUGUACCUCAGCGCUUUUCUUACUCUGCUCACUGUAGAUCUAUUAUUACAGGUCUAACAUAUGUAGAUAUUCAGUAUGUUGACGUGUGUAAAGAGAAAAAAUGUUGCAACAUGUUGCUUGUGAUUUCCUGUAGUUCUGCCACAGUGAGAUUUGGUGCCCUUGUGUAAAAUAAAAUAAAAUGUUGGUUGCAGUUUUUUGUUGAAGGAUUGUACAAGCACGCAGAGUGAUGACGUCACAGGGUGUGGCGCCAUAUUGAUGACGUGUCGGGAGAUGAAGGGUGAGUGAAAGCUACCUGGAUUCCCAGACAUGGAAUAAAAAGCGGCGGAGUUUGGCGACAACAACAAUAUGAAAAUCAUGUUGUUAUGUUGUAUUCAAAUUGACAAUUGCGUAUGAUAUAGCUUU